UCUAAUUAAUCUGUGAUUUCUGUGAUUUAUUAUUUUUUCUCGCAUUAAAUUUGCAAGCAACCAGAAAAUUAAUAAAUUUGCUUACCAUUCGAUCUCGAAAAAGUGCUGAUUACCAAAAUACAAAAAAAAAAAACCUAAGUAAAUAAGGGCCACCGCCGCUGCAAUAGUAAAAGCGAGAAAUCGCAACCCAAAGUUAUUUGCGUUUGGUUUAAGUGAAAGGAGGAGCGGGCUGUAUGCAUUGAAUAUUCAAAAAGUAACCAUAUUUUAUUAACAAAAAUAAAAUCAACUUAUAAAUUUAGUGAAGUAAUAGCAAAUUAAAUAGUAAAAGCAAAAAGUAUAACAACUAAUCAAAAACAAAAAUUUAACCUGAUAAAAUAAUACUUAAAAAAAAAAAACCAAAUACUAAUCUCUUAAGCUGCUGUACAUAUAUUUACAUAUACUUAGUGAAAUAAAAUUUCCAAAAUACGCCUGUGAAUUUCGCAAUAAAUUACAGCAAUGGCAAGCAGCAAGUAGUUGAGCAACAACAUCGACUUCUGCAUCAAUCACACAUUAAUAACCAAAAACAACCGGAAAUAUUUAUUAGCGUUUAGCUAACGUUUAGCGUCCAUCGCAUAACUAUAACGACCGACUGUACACGCCUACCGCCUACUACGUAUUAAUACUACACACAUUAAAACAUAUAUAUUCUACGGUUACGUCUACUCCACUCUAAUUGAGCCGUGUUCCGUGUCGUUCCGUUCACGUUCACGUUCGCAUCGACGUUUUGUUAUUUUAAUAAUUUUGUAUGGCUACAAAUUAACUAAGCAAUUAUAUGGACUUACAUUCGUAAAAAUUGUUGAUUCGUUCGCUUUGCUAAAAAUACAUCACUAGUCACUGGGUAGAAUUCUUCUUCUUCGCUGUAAUCAUCUGCUUCAACACUUCUUCAUAGUCCAACAAAUCGUCUUUCGCUUGUGAAUUUUCUUCUUGUUUUCUUCUUCUUCUUCUUCUUCGAUCAACGUGUAAAACUGUUCGUGUCAUCACUGUCAAAUGUCAAAUAGUCGAUUGCAUGCCACGUGGAUGACGUGUCAAUCCUCAGAAAUGAGCGUAGUCGUGCAUCAGGUGUAGCACAAUUAUGGCCCAACGGUCGACUAAAAACUAUAAGAAAUUGGAUACAUUGACGGUUGGCAGCGGCUCAGGAAGCGGCGCUAGCAGGGCAUCAACAGGGCUCCACAAGCGGGGGGCACUCGGGUCGAAGGGGAGCCCAUCGCUUAGCUGAUAGAAUGGGUGGCCCAAAGAAAGACGAUACACCACCUGGUGGUGGUCCAACAUCAUUAUUUAUCCUCACCGAGGAUAAUCCAAUUAGAAAAUACACACGAUUCAUCAUAGAAUGGCCGCCCUUCGAGUACGCUGUGUUAUUGACAAUCAUUGCCAACUGUGUUGUGUUGGCUUUAGAAGAACAUUUGCCUGGGGGUGAUAAAACAGUAUUGGCUCUGAAACUGGAAAAAACGGAGACCUAUUUUUUAUGCAUUUUCUGUGUAGAAGCAUCGCUCAAGAUCCUUGCCUUAGGGCUUGUUCUGCAUAAACACUCCUACCUCAGGAAUAUUUGGAACAUCAUGGAUUUUAUCGUCGUAGUAACGGGAUUUAUGGCACUGCUCCCACAAAAAUGGAUUGAGGUAGAUCUAAAAACAUUAAGGGCUAUACGUGUGCUAAGGCCCUUGAAAUUAGUCUCUGGAAUUCCUAGUUUACAAGUAGUUUUAAAAUCCAUUAUCAAGGCUAUGGCGCCGUUACUUCAAAUCGGACUUUUGGUCUUGUUUGCAAUCGUUAUAUUUGCAAUCAUCGGACUCGAGUUCUAUUCGGGCGCACUGCAUAAGACUUGUUAUAGCUUAGAAGAUCCAAAUAAACCUGUUAAGGAAGGCGAAUCAGAGACACCAUGCAAUACGGAUAAUGCGACGGAGAAAGCGGGUGGCUCAUUUGUAUGUAAUUAUAACACGAGUAUGUGUCUGGAAAAGUGGGAAGGGCCAAAUUGGGGCAUAACUAGUUUUGAUAAUAUCGGGUUUGCCAUGUUGACUGUGUUCCAAUGUAUCACCAUGGAGGGCUGGACAGCAAUACUGUAUUGGACCAACGAUGCUUUAGGUUCAACAUUUAAUUGGAUAUAUUUCGUGCCUCUAAUAGUUAUAGGCUCAUUUUUUAUGCUCAACUUAGUUCUCGGUGUCCUUAGCGGUGAAUUUUCGAAUGAACGUAAUCGUGUCGAACGUCGCAUGGAGUUUCAAAAAUGCCGUUUUCGCACCAUGUUUCAAACUGCCAUGGUUUCAUAUCUCGAUUGGAUAACACAAGCAGAGGAAGUAAUUUUAGCCGAAGAGCGUACAACUGAGGCAGAAAAAAUGCACAUAAUGGAGGCACGAAGAAGAAACGCUGCAAAACGUAAAAAACUGAAAAGUUUAGGCAAAUCGAAGUCGACAGACACCGAAGAGGAGGAGGGCGAAGAAGAUUAUGGGGAUGACGGAUACCUAAAAUCACGCCCGAAACCACAAGGCAGCUGUACGGGCUUUUGGCGUGCCGAGAAACGUUUUCGCUUCUGGAUAAGGCACACGGUGAAAACGCAAUGGUUCUAUUGGUUCGUCAUCGUACUCGUAUUCCUGAACACUAUGUGUGUCGCUGUAGAGCACUAUGGUCAACCAAAAUUUUUAACGCAAUUUUUAUACUAUGCUGAAUUUUCGUUUUUGGGUCUAUUCAUGUCGGAGAUGUUUAUCAAAAUGUAUGCGCUCGGACCGCGCACUUACUUCGAAUCGUCGUUUAAUCGUUUCGAUUGUGUCGUCAUUAGUGGUUCGAUAUUCGAAGUUAUAUGGUCUGAGGUGAAGGGAGGCUCAUUCGGUCUAUCCGUAUUGAGAGCGCUACGUUUACUACGUAUCUUCAAAGUGACCAAAUAUUGGUCGUCACUGCGAAAUCUUGUGAUUUCGUUGUUGAACUCGAUGAGAUCCAUCAUUUCACUAUUGUUCCUGCUCUUCUUGUUCAUUCUAAUAUUUGCACUACUUGGCAUGCAAUUGUUUGGCGGGCAAUUUAGUUUUAAAAGCGGUACCCCCGAAACAAAUUUCAACACAUUCCCCAUAGCCUUACUUACAGUAUUUCAAAUUCUAACCGGUGAAGAUUGGAAUGAAGUCAUGUAUCAGGGUAUUAAAUCACAAGGUGGCGCUAAGAAAGGAAUGAUUUAUUCUGUAUACUUUAUCGUUUUGGUACUCUUCGGUAAUUACACACUGUUGAACGUAUUCUUGGCUAUCGCUGUCGAUAAUUUAGCGAAUGCCCAAGAAUUAACAGCUGCCGAAGAGGAGCAAGUCGAGGAAGAUAAGGAGAAGCAAUUGCAGGAGCUUGAAAAGGAAAUGGAAGCACUUCAAGCCGAUGGUGUUCACGUGGAGAACGGUGAUGGUGUAACGGCGCCGAAUAAGGCGAAAAGUAAAAAGAAAGAGGAGGAAAAGAAGGAGGAGGAAGAAGUGACGGAGGGUCCAAAACCAAUGUUACCAUACUCAUCUAUGUUUAUACUAUCACCGACGAACCCGGGCUCAUAUUUCAAAUAUGAGGAGGAUGAAUUACUUCCAAAGCAGGAGGCGCGUAUUUGGCGGCCGCGUAGUUUCCACUACGAUAACGUAGCGGCGGCGAUGCUGACGCUUUUCGCGGUGCAGACAGGCGAAGGAUGGCCACAAGUUCUACAACACUCCAUGGCUGCCACGUAUGAAGAUAGGGGUCCCAUACAAAAUUUCCGGAUCGAAAUGUCCAUAUUUUAUAUUGUGUAUUUCAUUGUAUUUCCAUUCUUCUUCGUGAAUAUAUUCGUGGCCUUGAUUAUCAUUACAUUUCAAGAGCAAGGCGAGGCUGAAUUGCAAGAUGGUGAAAUUGAUAAGAACCAGAAAUCCUGCAUCGAUUUCACGAUAGGAGCGCGUCCGCUGGAACGGUACAUGCCCAAAAAUCGCAACACAUUCAAGUACAAAGUGUGGCGCAUUGUCGUUUCGACGCCAUUCGAAUAUUUUAUAAUGAUGCUAAUUGUGUUCAAUACAUUACUGCUUAUGAUGAAGUACCAUAAUCAAGGUGAAAUGUAUGAGAAAUCACUAAAAUAUAUCAACAUGGGAUUCACGGGGAUGUUCAGCGUUGAGACAGUACUGAAAAUAAUUGGAUUUGGUGUAAAGAAUUUCUUCAAGGAUCCAUGGAACAUUUUCGAUCUCAUUACUGUUGUGGGCAGUAUCGUAGAUGCGCUAUGGAUGGAAUUCGGGCACGAUGCAACUGACGCAACUGAUUCGAACUCAAUCAACGUUGGCUUCCUGCGUUUAUUUCGUGCGGCGCGUCUCAUAAAAUUGCUCCGUCAAGGAUAUACGAUACGAAUUCUGUUGUGGACAUUUGUACAAUCGUUCAAAGCACUUCCAUAUGUCUGUUUGUUAAUAGCCAUGCUCUUUUUUAUUUAUGCAAUUAUUGGCAUGCAGGUGUUUGGGAAUAUCAAACUAGAUACAAUGGAAAAUACCAUUACUAGGCACAACAACUUCCAAUCAUUUAUACAAGGCGUCAUGUUGCUAUUCAGAUGUGCAACUGGCGAGGCGUGGCCGAACAUUAUGCUGGCGUGCCUUAAGGGGAGGCCAUGCGACGAGGAAGCCGACAAGGGCAACGAAACAUGCGGCUCAACGCUGGCAUACGCUUAUUUUGUAUCGUUCAUAUUCUUUUGCUCAUUUCUCAUGUUGAAUUUAUUCGUUGCCGUUAUUAUGGAUAAUUUCGAUUAUCUCACCAGAGACUCCAGCAUAUUGGGUGCCCAUCAUUUGGACGAGUUCGUUCGGAUAUGGGCUGAAUAUGAUCCAAAUGCGACUGGUAGAAUACAUUAUACGGAAAUGUAUGAUAUGUUGAAAAAUAUGGAUCCUCCGUUGGGGUUCGGUAACAAAUGUCCCAAUCGCCUCGCCUACAAGAAGCUGAUACGUAUGAAUAUGCCUUUGGAUGAUGAAAUGAGAGUACAAUUUACAACGACGCUGUUUGCGUUGAUACGCGAAAAUCUGAGUAUAAAGAUGCGAUCUGCGGAGGAAAUGGAUCAAGCGGAUUCGGAACUUAGGGAAACCAUAACGAAUAUAUGGCCUUUGCAAGCGAAGAAAAUGUUGGAUUUGCUUGUACCACCCAUAGACCAACUGAAUAAGGGCAAAUUGUCGGUUGGUAAAGUGUACGCCGGUCUCUUGAUAUUGGAGUCGUGGCGUACGACGCGAUUUGGACAAAUUGAUUCUGGCAUGCCGAAACAAUCAUUCUUCAACUGCCUGCUCGAUAUGGCGGCGCUCGACAAAGGCGGAUCGCGUCAGGGCUCCAUUAGCUAUGAGGCAAAUGGCGAUGGUGGCGCCAACUCACAAACGCAUUUAUUAGCUAACAUAAAUCAUCAUCACCUAAACGGUGAUGCCGAUCACAGUUUGGCAUCACUGGCACGCCGGACAACGGUCAAAAAACGUUCAGUUAGAAACAAAAAGAUGCUGGAACUGCAGGAUGCGUCGAGACAUCCUUCUCAGGAAUCGUUAACCGGUGCCGAUGCUGGUCAUUUACAUCCUGGUCACGCGUAUCACAAUGGUCAUCAUCGCCGUUCGCCGAGUUUAAGACAUAACGGAUCUCCAUUGGCCAGAUCUCCAAGUCCUAGACGGCGAGGCCAUCAAUACAUACAUCAUGAUAUUGGGUUCUCCGAUACCGUAUCUAAUGUUGUAGAGAUGGUCAAGGAGACCCGUCAUCCAAGGCACGGAUAUGGGCAUCCGCGUUAUCCAAGAGGUUCAUGGUCAGCAUCGACAAGUCCGGCCCGUUCGCCUUCGCCUUCUCGUUAUGGUGGCCAUUAUUCGCACAGUAGGCGUACAGAACUGCCUUUUCCCACAUAUGGGACAACAAGUCUAUGUCAAAGAUCACGUUCGCCAAGUCCCGCUCGACUACAGGAGAUGCGUGAACGAGAUAGACUUGGUUAUGGGAUUGAUAUGGGUGGUACUCAUGUACAGUACAGCUACCCAACGCUGGCAUCGCGACGAGCUGGCAUGGGUCGACGUCUACCACCGACACCAAGUAAACCAUCAACACUGCAGCUGAAUCCAACAAAUAUUAAUUUUCCAAAACUUAACGCAAGUCCAACACAUACACAUCACACGACACCUCAUAGUGUUCAUUCCUUGCCACACCACCGUGAUCUGCUGCGGGAUCGUGCCAUGUACCGCGAUCUGUAUAGCAGUAGGGAGCGCGAUCGCGAUCGAGAGCGAUAUAGAGAUCACUUACGCGACUAUGAUAUGCGAUAUGAAUAUCGGGAUCAUGAGCGUGAACUCUAUGAGAGGGAGCGUGAUCGAUUAAGGGAUUUCGAAAGAGAAAGACUGGAAUACAUAGCGCCGCUAUCGUUUGAACAAGCGCUUGCUAUGGGCAGAACGGGGCGAGUCCUGCCAUCACCCGUUCUAAAUGGCUAUAAGCCAAAAGGUGGCUUUCACCCAAGACACUCCGAUUCGGAUGAGGAGGACUGGUGCUAGCAAAGGCUUUGAUUGCGAUUGCGUAAUCGAAGGGAACAGAUCUGGGUAUAGCAUCAAGCCAUAUUUCCAUCACUCUCUGCACCGGACUUAGACCAUAAUUUUGAUACAAUACCGUUGCAACAAUUCACUGCUGCAUCCGAUACCGAUUUAAUAGAAACCACAUUCAUCGAUACAGAUUUAAGUGAAAAUGCUGCCAUAGCUGCUACAGCCGCCGACUUAGACGACAUUGGUGGUGGUGGUGGUGUUGUUGAUGACGCUGCUGAAUAUUUGCGCAUACGCGUCCGGGCGAUAACAGAACCAACAAUUUGUGAUUUAGUUGAUACAGGUCGGGGCGAUCGCGGGAGGAUAGUAGCCAAAACCAGGCCAUUGUCAUUGGUUAUGCCACGCCAUGAAACGGAAUGUGCUAUAGCGACUACGAGAAUUUAUUCCGCUCAUGAGCUUGACCAACGGUAUCAACAGCAUACCGGUUAUGCAACCAGUGAACCGCAUAUGCCGAUGGCUUAUGAUCUGCAGCAUCAGUACGCAACAGCAGCAGCAACAGCAGCAAAAACACAGCCUGAACAGCAUUUGUAUCAUACGUUGUAAAAAAACAAAAAAAAACAAAUAGAAAUAUGAAGAAACUGCAUACAUACAUACAUACAAACAUACAUAUUCGUACAUAAAAUCGGGAAUUAAAAUGUUCAGCUAGAGUUUUCUAAAGGAAAUGGAAAUAUUGAACUUAAAACGAUAUAAAUAGUUACAUACAUACAUACAUAUACGUACAUACACACAAUGUAGAUAUACAUACAUACAUACAUACAUACAAUUACAUAUGUAUAUGUAAUAAUAAUAUUGUAAUAGAUUGGCACUGCAAUAGUUGUAGCUGAUAAAUUGCAUAACAUACAUACAUACAUACAUACAUACACAAAUAUACAUACAUGCAAACACAAUGCAUACCUACAUACAUACAUACAUACUACAUAAGAAACUCCGCUAAAGUUAAUUUUCUCAAUAUAUGUAGGUAAACAAAUGAUCAAGGGACGAACACUUAGUUAAAUACAUACAUACAUGCAAACAUAGAAUUAUACGAAACCAUAGCCAAAAUAUUUCUACCAAAAAUAUAUAAAUUUGUAUAUACAUAUGUAUAAGUAUAUAAAGACAUAUGUACAUAGAUACUGCCUUGUUUCUGUUAAAGUUUGGCCCAAAACGAUAUUGUAACAACAAAAACAAACAAGCAUACCUACAAAGAAAUUCUAGAAAAUUGUUAACUGCAUACAUACAUACAGAUUUGUUUCAUAUAUAAUUUGUUAAGAUAAUUUUAUCUAUGCAUUAAAAAUUUGUUAGAAGCUUUUAAACAUAAAACACAAACAGUCAUACUACAUACAUAAAUACGCGUACGCUUUAAUUCAAAAGUCAGUAGUUUGAAGAGUGCUUCUAAAAGAAAAGGGAGCUUUUACUCUAGGAAAAUACAUAUUAAGCACACGCAAAGCUUUAAAAGACGGUGCGAGAUUUUACUUGGGCUACUUACUGAUCGUCACUAUGUUAUUUUCAUAAGCUUGCGCGUAGAACUUUUUAAAGCUUUUUAUACUCUUUUUCCUGCAGACCAGCGAGGACCGGAGCGAACUUUUACUCCGUGUCCGCCCGUCAAAAAUCUAUGCGAUAGCUUUAAAACGGUGAUGGGCACUGCCUUCCCCGCCUAUAAAGCUCUUUCAAGUUUUUUAUACAUUUUGUUUUGCGUGCAGAGUAAAGCUCUCUCUGCCCAUCGCUGCUUUAAAAAGAUUUGUUCGGUACUGAUGUAUGUAUGAAGAUCACUGAUGCUCAAAGAGAGCUUUUACUCAGUGUGCGUCCAUAUGAAAUCCAACGAGAGCUUUGAAAAGCUCCGCUCGUGAGCAUCGCUGAUGCUUUAUCUGAACGAGCCUGUUCUAAAUUAGCAAUUAUAAAAUCACAUCGUGUGGGUAGAACUUUUUUAAGCUUCCUGUAAACUUUAUAUUCAGCCUCAUUGCGUAAGUAGUAGGUAAGCCUAAUUUGUACCAAAUAAGUAGACGGCGCAAAUGGUCGAAAAAUAUCCAGUGCUGCGAAGUUAUUCCAUUUUAAUGCACUGGUCGAGUCGAAAUUUUUGGCAAUGACAUGCAAUUUUCGAAACGACCCGACUCUCGUAAUACAGCGGGUUGUCAAACGCGCGGUUAGCUGCCGCUCUAAGCUUAUAACAGCUCUACAUACAAUUUAUAUGUGGCUAGCACAAACUUAGAGCUUUCUCUGGCCAACAUUGCUGUAAAGAGCAG